GUCUGAAACUGAAACUGUUCCAAUAUGUUAAUAAAGAUCUUUAUUGUUCAUUUGGUAUUCCUAUGGUUUCUAACAUGUGUUCCAGCUUUAGAUUCAAGGUCGGAAUUCAAAAUCAACGACAAAUUCAAAAAUCAUGGUCAGUUUCAUAAUUUAUUCCCAUUAAUUAUGGGUGGUGAAAAAGCGCGCAUUGAAGAAUUUCCGUUCGUGGUUCAACUUGCUCAUUGGCAGAAUUUUGGAUGGUUUUAUAAAUGCGUUGGAAUAAUUCUUGAAACAAGAAUAAUAUUAACUGCAGCACAUUGUAUCCCAGAAACUAAUAGCUAUUACUAUAAGCGACUAGGUAUUGAGAUUCUAGCUGGUACAAAAGAUUUAUUGAAUUGGCGGGAGGCUAAAAGAAAGGGGGCUUUUCGAAAUAUAAAAAAGAAGCAUAUAAGGAUUCAUCCUCUGUACAAUAGAACAGGAUAUGAUUACGACGUAGCACUACUUAAGAUUGGACCUCAAAUACUGCCAUUUUCAGAAAAAAUUGGCUCUAUAGAAAUAGGCACUACAGAUUGGGAAAGUCAAUCAAAUGAUACUACUAUACAUAAAGGAACAGUAGUUGGAUGGGGUUAUUUUAAACCAUAUGAACUCAGCCCUGUUUUAAAAAAACUUGAUCUUGAAAUUUUACCCAAAAAUGCAUGCCUAAAAGAGUGGGGAGAAGUAAAAGAUUUAGAAUAUUUGGAUCGAAAAUUUUGCGCAAUAUUCAAGAAAAAUUUAACCAAUUCAGCAUGUGCUGGUGAUUCUGGUGGACCAUUCAUAGUGUACGGAAAGUUGUAUGGCGUCGUUUCUUCUGGUAAAUCAAACGAGUGUGAAGACACUACGAGGAAAUCCAUUCAGGUCACUCGAUUAACACACACUAAAAUUGCGACUUGGAUACAUGAAACUAAAAAGGAACUUUUAAAGGAUUAUUAAA